CGCGCGCGCGGACGCACCAAUUUUCGCGGGAAUCAGCUGAUUGUUCCGAAAACGCGCCAAUUUUCAACGCGCCGCCCGCGCGCAUUGGUUUGCGAACAGUCGUCAGGCGCGCAGUCGUCGUCGGUUGGUUUAGUGAGUGUUGUGCGGGGAAGGUGUCGGUGGCUGUGCGGAGCGAAAACGAUUGUGUUUGUGUGGAGACGAUAUUUGUGACGAACGAUAAGGUGAGAGUGACACGUUUUAACGCGGCAAGGCGAAGCGGAACGUUUUUGCCCCGCCGGUCUGCCGACACCGCGGGAGUCGUUAGGCCUAGGAGGAGGUUUUUUGCCCGCGUCCCCCGCGGCUGGUGGUUAUGCUUCGUUCGGCGAGUUGAAGAAGACACCGACAUGGUUAAGACGAGAAACAGGUCUUCGGUGACGGAUAAUCCUCCGCCGAGGAUCGCCACGCGCAGAUCUACGAGGGCCGAAGUCGCCGAAUCGCACAAUUCGGAGGAGUCUGUUGAUGAUGAAGACAGAAGACGGUCAUCUCGAAGGUUGAAGUUCUCCGACGACGAAUCUUCAGUGCGCCUGACGCGGUCGGUGGGUGGGCACAGACACCAGGAUCACCUGCUGCCCAACGGCCGCGCACACACGUCAUCGCGCCGCCGUGAACCGCCGCCGCCAUCCAACAACGUUGCCGUCUCGACGGAUGACGACAUGAACGAGGACGAUGACAGCAUGGUGCGGAGGAGCACGCGCCGUCGCAAGUGCAUCUACGGCAACCUCAACCAGACGUGGAUCCUGACGUCAAGCCUGCCAGACUUCGGCAAGCCACCUACGGAUCAGUCGGCAUCCCGUAGCAAGAAGGACCCAACCACGUUCCAUCAUUACCUCCGCAGCUCUGCCAGCCAUCACCAUGACAGCAUGCCUCCAGGUGGCAAUGACUCUGAGACCUUAGACGGGGACAACGAGGACAGCCUCGAGUCAAAGCGAAGCAACGAGAAGGGUGUGAAUGCCGAGCUCCGUCGUCUCGGCCUGUCUGAGAUGCAGCAUUUCUCGGCAGACGACAUGUACUCCCGGGUGAAGCGGACGCGCCAGCAGCACCAAGCGGCCGCAGUGGCGGAGGAGCAGCCGUUCUUCCGCACGCGGAGCUCUCGGCGGGCCGCCGCGGAGGAGAGACGGGGCCGCCGGCGGGAGGCGGCGGCAGCAGGAGUGGCCGCCAGCGACUCUGAGCCGCGUGGUGGAAGUUCGGGCGAAUCUGGGGACAGCGCUGAUGACGACGAUGAAGAAGAGGAGCAGUUGCCUGUGAUGAAUGGCUACCACCUUCGUCCCAAGAAGCCCGUCACGGAGCGCUUUCAAGUGCCUGUUGCGGAGACAAAGCGGUCCAAGCGGAUAGCCAGCAUCUUCCACACGCCAAAGCACGACCGGCGGAGCCGGUCUUCCUACCGUUCUCCGGCCCACAGGAGCCCCAUGUACAGAAGGAAACGCCACGCCACACACAACAGCUCCUCCACAAGCAGUUCGAGCGACGACGAGCGCCGCUUCGAACGGCGCAAGGCCCGCAGCAUGGUCCGUGCCCGGAACCGGUGCCUGCCUCUCAACUUCCAGGAGAAGGACCUCUUUGAGGGCGUGCUCCGUGAUCGGGCCAAGAUUGGUUCCAGCCUGGCCGACGUUGACCCCAUGCAUGUCGACAAGGACGCUGUCUUUGACCGUGUGGGCGGACUGGACAGUCACAUUCAGCAGCUCAAGGAGAUGAUCCUCUUCCCGCUCAUCUAUCCCGAAGUCUUUGAGCGCUUCAAGAUCACACCGCCCCGGGGCGUACUCUUCUACGGUCCCCCCGGUACUGGCAAGACGCUGGUGGCGCGAGCGCUGGCGAACGAGUGUGGCCGUGGCGACUCGCGGGUGGCCUUCUUCAUGCGCAAGGGUGCCGACUGCCUCAGCAAGUGGGUCGGCGAAUCCGAGCGACAACUACGCAUGCUCUUUGACCAGGCCUACUCUAUGCGUCCGUCCAUCAUCUUCUUCGAUGAAAUCGAUGGCCUGGCGCCUGUUCGAUCAACGCGGCAGGACCAGAUCCACAGCUCCAUCGUCUCCACGCUGCUCGCGCUCAUGGACGGCCUUGACUCCCGCGGCGAGGUGGUUGUCAUCGGUGCCACCAACCGCAUCGACGCCAUCGAUCCUGCGCUACGGCGGCCGGGCCGUUUCGACCGGGAGUUCCACUUUUCACUGCCCUGCCACAAGGCACGUCUCGGUAUACUCCAGAUCCACACGAGAGAUUGGCAUCCAGCACCGAGCCAGGCCUUGCUUUCAGAGCUGGCUUCUCGCUGCACAGGCUACUGCGGGGCCGACCUCAAGGCCCUUUGCGCAGAGGCCGCGCUCGUGGCUCUGAGGCGCACCUUCCCCCAGAUCUACGCUACCAAGGAAAAGCUGCAGCUCAACAUUGA